AUGAGUAGUCCUCAACCCGGCUCCGAAUUCUGGAGAGCCACUGGAGCUAUCAAGGAUGACCUGGAGAAUCAUACUAAGCGGCGAUAUGAGGUUACCAACCGGUUCGUUACUUAUCAGGAUUUGGUCAAGAUCUUGCAGAAGGAGGGUCGUAUCCACAAGGUACUCUAUACCGACUGCCUCACCACUGAGGAUCUGCACAACAUCCAACACAACUUCAUUGUCAUCCUUACCACUCUCGUAUCGAUCGGUGCCACACAUUGCUUAGCAAACUUUCGGAGUCUAUUCCUGACUGGAAGUAUCACCGAUAAGGAUCUUCCGCUAGAGCGAGAGCAAAUCGAGACAUUCCUCCCAGGUCAUUCAGAGCUAGUCGACCAAUUCGAAUACCACCAAUACGACUUCUGCCCAACAGUGAUCUCUUGCACAAGGCCCUUACAUUGUGUUCCUUCGAAGAGUCGACUACCAUUCGAGAAAAAACCUGAAAAUCUAGGCAUUGGGGGCUUUGGCGAAGUUGACUUGGUGACUAUAACGCCGGGGUACUGGGAAUUUGAUAGAGACUGUACCAACAGCUCCGCCUAUAAAGUUGCCUGCAAGAAGUUCAGCUUGGGCUUCAAAGAAGCCUUUCUCAAGGAAUAUAAGAAUCUCACAAUUCUGAAGGAGAGUCUUACAACACAGAGUCACAUUUUGCAGCAUUACACAGCGGUGGACCACGAUCAACACAGUUACUAUAUUCUCUUCCCGUAUGCCGAGCACGGAGACUUGCACCAAUUUCUACAUGGUGGGGCAGGGAGUUAUGAGCUUCACAAUCAAUUUCCUCGCCUACCGGUUGAAGGCGAUCCAGCUAUAUUCAAGCCACUGCUGCACCAAUGCUGGGCUCUGGCGUGCGCUAUUGAGUGGUUGCAUGACUAUAUCCAGGUUGAUGGCGAGCACAUCAUGUGUGCACAUUUGGACCUCAAACCGGAAAAUAUCCUAAUCAGGAAUGAUGCAAGCUCUGUUGUGGGAAAGUGGAUGAUAUCUGACUUUGGUAUCUCCGUGCUUGAACCUCAGAAGCUUGAUUCCAGCCGUCCACUCAGUGUGCGAGGCUGUUACCGGGAACCGACAAUUGAAGUGAACCCUCACGGGGGAAGAGGAACCUAUCGCCCACCGGAAGCUAUUAACCGAAUAGGAUCAAGGGCCAUGACCAACAAGAUAGGUCGGCGAAGUGAUAUCUGGGCCUAUGGAUGCAUUUUCACUGAAGUACUUGCCUGGGCGAUCGGACGACGCGAAGGUGUUGAAUAUUUAGCUGGGGAAAGGCGAAUAGGGAUAACUAAUGACUUUUUCUGGGAUGAACACUUUGGUCAAAGCUUGUCGCCUCAAGCGACAGGUUUCAAAGUACGAGAUUCGGUUGUCCGAUGGCUUGACCACAUUCAAACUUCUCCUGAGAAAGUAGUAGGUGAAUGGGUCAAGACAAUCAAAGACAUCCUCAUCAUCGACAAGGAGAGCAGGCCCAAAGCGCAGAAGCUUGUUACAUAUGUUACGAGUGUGUACAAACCAGGCGAUGUGCCUCGAGAUCCCGAUUCGCAGCCCAUCAGAUCCCCAGUCGAGCCCUCAUCCAGGCAGUCACCCAGUUCAUUAUCUAAUCAGUCUCACAGUCGAUCAAACAGUCGAUCCAGUGAGCCAUCCAGUCCGCCAUAUAAUCCACCAUACAGUCAACCAUCAAGUCCGGCAUCCAGUCCGCCUUCCAGUCCGCCGUUUAGUCUGUUAUCCAAUCGAAUGCCAAACCAUCGAGAACUUCCCAGAGGGUCAGGCUUACAGGCGCCGAGCAAGCCACUGCCGCAUGGCAAGAAAAAUUGCAUUGACACCUAUCUGUCGCGGACGAGUUGCCAAGGCAAGGUCCCAAUAGCAGUAGUGUCAAAUGACAAAGUCGAAGUACUCAGUUUGGACCUUUCGCAAAGAGAGAUCAGAGAGGUCCAAUUUCUAGCACUUUUCGGAAAGUUAGGAAAUGCCGAGGUUGUCAUCGAAGGUCAGUACCUCGCAGUUUGGGGGUUCUGUAAGGAGGAGGGGGAAAGGAUGCUUCAUAUUGGAGAGGUUAAUUCAGGCUUUUCUCAAAGCCUACCCAAUACCAUAGAAACUGAGAAAGUAAUAUCGGUCGCCGUAUCUCCGCGUGGUCUGUUCGCUCUAGUCCAGGACAACAAAUUAUUGCUACUCUCCUGGACAUCCCUAUCGUCAUCAGAUAUGCAGCGCAUACUGAAAUUGCCCGACUUGGAACAAAUAUUCACGCAAGCUAUAUUCAACGCUAGGGGUGACUUCUUGUUUGCGUGGGCAAGGAGCUCAAAGAAAGAGUCUCUGUACGUCUGGAAAAUUGAAGGGUUGGCUGAUGAACCAGAUUUCGCUGUUCACUAUUCUCUGCAUCGGUUCCACUGGAAUACUUCUGUUAUGCCAAACAGUUCUGGUCGAGGGUGUGUCCUUGCAGAUGACCAGAAUAGGUACCUUGCUGUUACCCUGAAUCAGCAGCGUAGUGAAUCGCACGGCAUUGAACCAGAGCGCAUCGAGCGCCCGUUCGAUACUUUGAAUGUGACGGUCAGCUGUAUGGUUGGCGAUGAAUAUCUGCUCGGAUUAGUUAAGAGCGGUCAUCUAAUCACGACGCGUUUAUAUCUACACCGCUUUGAGAUCACUCGCCGAGAAAAUCAAACGCAUGCCUCCAUUUCCCAGGGCCGCGAAGUUCUGGAAAUUCCGAAGAGCUUCAAGCUGGCCAGCAAAGUACGGGCCUAUGAGCAGCAGGGGGUAGUAACGGUGGUAUUAUGGAACGAGACCAGCUUAUUCAUAUCUGAUCUACCUCCCAGUGAUAGAAAUCAUUGA